AUGGAAUUGAAUACCUAUAACAAUAUUAAUUCUACAUAUAAAUUAUUUCAAACUCCAUUAACUAGUGCAUUAAAUCAUGACAAAAAAGUAGUGGAGAAAAUAGAUAAGGACCAUGUUGUCCAACUUUUUUAUAUAUUAACUAUUAUGAUUUUAAAAUAUGUAUUUAAACGCGUGAAUAAGGAUAUUAAGAAAAAGAAAAGGACAAAAAAAUGCUGUAAGGCACUAAAAUAUGUUAAUACUAAUGAAGUUGAUACUAUAUUAAAGAAGGAUGUAAAUGGUGAAUACGCAAAUACUCAAGAGAUGGUAGAACAAAAAAAAAAUGAAUGCGAUUUAAAAUAUACAAGGGUUAGAAUUUUAAAUGAAUUGUUUAAAGAAAUAGAACAUAAAUGUAAAGAUCCAAAAAAAGAGCACAAUAUAAAAAAUAAGGAGAAGGAAGAAGAUGAAAAAGUUAAGGUGAAUGAAGAACAUUGUGCAGAAGAAAAAGAGAAAAAUAAACAUAAGUGCAAUGAUAAAGAAAAGGAAAAGCAUAAAAAUAAAGAUCAUGAUAAAGACAACAUUAAAGAUAAAGGUAAAGAUAAAGAUAGCGAUAAAUGUAAAGAUAGCGACAAAUCUAAAGAUAGCGACAAAUGUAAAGACAGCGAUAAAUAUAAAGACAGCGAUAAAUGUAAAAACAGCGAUAAAUAUAAAGACAGCGAUAAAUGUAAAAACAGCGAUAAAUAUAAAGACAGCGACAAAUGUAAAGACAGUGACAAAUGUAAAGACAGUGACAAAUGUAAAGACAGCGAUAAAGACAAAAGUAAAGAUAGCGAUAAAGACAAAAGUAAAGAUAAAGAUAAAGACAAAGGUAAAGAUAAAGAAAAAGAUAAGUCAAAAGAAAUAAUUCUACAAGAAGGUACGGAAGAAAAACGAUUAAUAGAAAAAGGUGUAGAAAAAUUUCAAUCAGGAAUGAAAAAAAUAAAAGAAUGGAUGGAAGGUAUAGAUAAAACUAAUAAUGAUAUUCCAAAUUUAUUAGUUACAGUUAAUAAAGAAAUUGAGGUACCUCAUGGAAAAGUUCAAGAAUUUGAAGAAGGAAUAGAAUUGUUUGAAGAAGGAGUAAAAUUACUUAAAGGAAGUGCAGGAUUGGAAGAAGAUGGAAGUGAAAUAAAUGAAAUAGAAAUUGUUUUUGAAAAACCAAAUAUUACAGAUGAAGAAAAAAAAAAGAAAAAAAAACAGCUAGUAGAAAAUUGGAUUAAUGAUAUAAAUAAAAUGGUUGAUACGGAAGUUCAUAAAAUUAUAUCAGAAAUAGAAAACGAUAAUGAUGACAUGUCACAUUACUUAGAAGAAAAUAUUGAAUCUUAUGAAAUGUCUAGUCAAGAAAUGAUGCUAACAAAAACUAAAGCAUAUAAUAAUAUGUCAGAAGUGACACAAAUGAAUGAGCAAAAUUUUAAUCAACAUUCAAAUGUAAAUACCUAUGAAAAUAUAAAUACAAAUACAAAUGUAAAUUUAUUUAACAAUUUCAGUACAAAUAUAAUUCCUCAAGAUCUUUUACAUAACCAUUCAAGUGAAAAUACAAAUUCUGAAGAAGAUUUAAAUAAUAGUUUAAAUGCAUAUGGAAAUAAUGACAAAGAUGUAAAUAAAAUGGAAGGACAUAAACUAAAUAUAUUUGAACGUAAAAGUAAAGCAUGGAAUGAAUGGAAAAAAAAUACAGAAAUAGAAUGGGCAUCGUUUAUGCAAUUGGAACAAGAAAAGAAAAGGAAAUUCAUAAAUAAAAAAAUUAAAGAUUGGGAAGAAUGGUUUCCAACAAUAUAUAAUAAUUGGCUAGCUUAUGUUAAUAACUUGGAAGAAGAUUUUAUGCAUGAUAAAUGGGAAUUUUGGUUAAAUUGGAAAAAAAAUGAUUGGGAAAAGUUGAUAGACUCUGAGUGGACCAAACAAAUGGAAAUAAAAUUUAGAGAAUUUAUGAGAACAGCAGAAAGUAGUUUAAAACAAAAACAAAUGAAACGUUGGAGUGUAUGGAAAUCUAAUAAAUGGAAUGGUUUAAAUGGAUGGAAAAAAAUAGAUUGGAAUUUUGAAGGUGAUGAUAUGUGGAUAAAUCAAUAUACUGCUGUACAAAAUGAAAACAAAUUGAAAUGGCAAGAAUUAUCUAUACAAGAAGACAUCGAAUGGUUAGAUUGGGUAAAAGAAAAAGAAAGUUAUAUGAAUAAUAAACAAUGCAUGGUAUGGGAAACAUGGAAAGAAGAAAAAAGAAUAUGGUUUGAAAAAUAUAUUAAUAUAAUUAAGAAGGAUUGGUUAGAUCAUAAACCAUGGAAAAUUUGGAAAGUACAAAGAAAUAAAAUGUUUCAACCUAUCGAAAGUUCAGAAAAUGAAGAAUUAUAUGAUAUAGAGCAUAAUGAAAAGCUAGCUGUUUUGUUUGAAUAUUAA